ACAGUUGAUAAAGCGAUUUUUCAAAGCUUGAGACAUAUUGUUUUAAAGAGCGAAUUAACAACAAGCUCGCACGUCAAUAUUGUACGGCAUGAAGAAAAAUAUAUUUUAAUGCAGACUAAUCAUCAAAAUUCAUUUUGUGUAUAUUAUAGAUAUAGAAUAAAAUGAAGUAUUGGUACAUUUUCAUCGCAAGUGCUUUAUUCACUUGCUGUUUCGCUUAUAAAAGACUAGGACACAAGAAAAAUUCACCUGAAAGGCGAGGAUCUCCAGACGCAGGCAAAACCUGGAGGAUGACAACAAUCGCAAACAGAUAUUUUGCACAUCGUUUGUUUAAAAAUAUUGCGAGACAGCAGGAAUCAGGAAACAUUGUCAUUUCACCUUUUGUAGUUUCAACUGGGUUGUCAAUGGUAUUACUUGGAGCAGAAGGUGAAACAGAGGCUGAACUGAUGAAACUACUCGGAUAUGAUACUAUCGGGAAAAAGAAAAACGGAAGAAAAUACACAAAGAGAGAUGUGCCAAGGCUCUAUGAGACGGUUUUGGGCAAUAUGAAAAGAAGUUCAGAGCAUGGUGGCUACAUGUUCACGAUUGCAAGUAGACUAUUUGCAGAACAGUCCGAAACAUUCUUACCAAAUUUUAUUGAUGACACAGAAAGAUAUUUUGGAGCAAGACUAGAACAAUUGGAUUUUAUGCAUAAUGCAGAAGAAUCCAGAACUCUCAUCAAUGAGUGGGUCAGUAACAAAACUGAGAACACAAUACCAGAAGCAUUACCAAGUGGUUAUAUAACGAGCAAUACCCUAUUAACACUGGUCUCUUCAGUAUAUUUCAAGGGAGAAUGGGAAUAUAAGUUUGAACAUGAAAGAACUAAACCUGGGACAUUUACAAUGCAAGACGGAACAGAAAUAGGAGUAGAUUAUAUGGACGGAGUUUUUCAACUUGAAUACAAGAAAGCAUUACCCUGCCGAUGUCAUAUUUUGGUUCUACCUUAUAAAACAAAAGCACCUGAAAAUUCUGACUACAAAGUAUCAAUGGAGCUCUAUUUACCAUGGAAAAGAAAAUUUUUGCCAUUGCUCUUGAAUAUGGAUGAAGAUUUUUUCCACCGUGAGCUACGUAAUGUGUAUACACAAAAGGUUACUUUGAAACUUCCAAAAUUUCGAAUCAAUUAUGAUAUAGACCUUGUUGAAACAUUACAACGUUUGAAAGUUGUUACUUUGUUCAACAAUGAUGCUGAUCUUUCUGGAAUGAAUGAAAAAUACAAUAUCAACCUGGGAACUGCCAUGCACAAGACAUUUAUGGAGGUGAAUGAAGAAGGGACAACAGCUGCUUCCUCAUUAGCUAUAGGAUCUUCAAAAUCAGCAAAUGAUGUCGUACUUCAUUUUGAUCAUACUUUCGUUCUGAUUAUUCGAGAAAAAUCCACAAACACAAUAUUGUUCAUGGGAAGAAUUGAUCAGCCAAUACAAUGAUAAAAACUUGUUUCAAUUCCACUGUUUCCAACUUUAAUUCCAACUCAAUCUUGCAGGGAUGUGGAAACGGGGAAAAUUUACACAAGACACCGAGACAUUAAAAUAGAGACUCUGCUAUAAGUUGUAAAAAAUUAAGACUCUUGAUUAUGGCUCCAGCUCUGAAGUCCGGACAAAAACACUUUUGAUAAUAAAAUGUGUAUGUAUACAAGAAAUACCUCUUGAGAGUGCUUAGUUGACUCAAUUUUUUUUAAAUUUUCGUCAAAAAAGUCAAUUUCGACAAUAACUAUGAAAGGUCUGGAAUCCCAACCACGGCUCCCCAUCAAUGAAGAAUGAUGAACUCCCGACUUUACAGCUUUUAUGACUGCAGAAUGAGCAAUUUAUUAAAAGCAAACAGAUGCAGUUGUAUAAGCUUAAUUCUGCAAUUUUGUUUUAUGAAUUACUAAGUCUUCUAUAAAUGAAUACUAUUUGUAACAAUAUUACAAUAAUAAUCAGGAAAUAAAAUUGAGAAACAUAUUCAAA